UACGCGGGCUUCGCGCUGUCCGGCUUGGUCGGCUGCUCGGCGACGCACGCGGUGCUCGUGCCCAUCGACGUCGUGAAGACGCGGCUCCAGACGGACCCGGGGCGGUACGCGGGCGUCGUCGACGGCGGCCGGGCGAUCCUCCGCGAGGAGGGCCCCGGCGCGCUGUUCCUGGGCGCGGAGGCGACGCUCGCGGGCUACUGCUGGUACGGCCUCACGGUCUACCCGGGCUACGAGUUCUGGUCGCGGACGCUCAACGGCCUCCUCGCGCCCGCGGCGGCGGCGGAGUUCCACGCGGCCGUCGUGCUCCUCGCGGGCGCGCUCGCGACGGUGCUCGCGUGCGUCGGCGUCUGCCCCGCCGAGGCGCUCCGCAUCCGCGUCGUCGCGGACCCGGCGCGCUUCGCGGGCCUCGGGCUCGCGGGGAGCGCGCGGCGCGUCGCCGACGACGAGGGCGCGGACGCGUUCUACGCGGGCUUCCGGCCGCUCUUCAUCCGCCAGGUCAUCUUCGGCAUGGUCAAGUUCUUCUUCUUCGACUCGCUCGCCGACGCGAUCUUCGAGGCCGCGCCGGCCCUCGCCGACGGCGCCGGCGGGCGCCUCGCCGUGUCGCUCGUCGCGGGCCUCGUCGCGGGCACGGCGAGCUCGCUCGUGUCGCAGCCCGCGGACGCGGUGCUGAGCCGCAUCAACGCGGACCGCGGCGACCUCGGCGUCGCCGGCGCCGUCGAGGCCAUCUGGGGCGAGGGCCACGUCCGCGGCUUCUACCGCGGCGCGGGCGCGCGCUGCGCGUGGUCCGGCCUCGUCAUCUCGGGCCAGUUCGCGAUCUACGACGCGCUCAAGUCGCUCCUCUCCGUCGCGGGGCCGGACCUGACGCUCUUUCUCGACGUGGCGCUCUAA